UUCUAUCAGAUCAUCAUGGCUCGUCUUUCAGCAUGCUUCAUUUAUUUGUUCGUGGCAAAUGUGCUGUUCUCUCAGAGCCAGGCAAAUCCUGGUUGGAAGAAACGCACUGCCGAACCUGAAGCUUUAGCCAGUGCUGAAAGAUGGCAAAAAAGAUCUGCAGAUGCACUUCCCGGUGGGGGCUGGGGCAAACGAUCUGCUGAAGCCGCUCCUGGUGGAGGUUGGGGCAAACGAUCUGCUGAGGCUUCUCCCGGUGGAGGCUGGGGCAAACGAUCUGCUGAAGCCGCUCCUGGUGGAGGCUGGGGCAAACGAUCUGCUGAGGCCGCUCCCGGUGGAGGCUGGGGCAAACGAUCUGCUGAGGCCGCUCCCGGUGGAGGCUGGGGCAAACGAUCUGCUGAAGCCGCUCCCGGUGGAGGCUGGGGCAAACGAUCUGCUGAAGCCGCUCCCGGUGGAGGCUGGGGCAAACGAUCUGCUGAAGCCGCUCCCGGUGGAGGCUGGGGCAAACGAUCUGCUGAAGCCGCUCCCGGUGGAGGCUGGGGCAAACGAUCUGCUGAAGCCGCUCCCGGUGGAGGCUGGGGCAAACGAUCUGCUGAAGCCGCUCCCGGUGGAGGCUGGGGCAAACGAUCUGCUGAAGCCGCUCCCGGUGGAGGCUGGGGCAAACGAUCUGCUGAAGCCGCUCCCGGUGGAGGCUGGGGCAAACGAUCUGCUGAAGCCGCUCCCGGUGGAGGCUGGGGCAAACGAUCUGCUGAGGCCGCUCCCGGUGGAGGCUGGGGCAAACGAUCUGCUGAGGCCGCUCCCGGUGGAGGCUGGGGCAAACGAUCUGCUGAAGCCGCUCCCGGUGGAGGCUGGGGCAAACGAUCUGCUGAAGCCGCUCCCGGUGGAGGCUGGGGCAAACGAUCUGCUGAGGCCGCUCCCGGUGGAGGCUGGGGCAAACGAUCUGCUGAGGCCGCUCCCGGUGGAGGCUGGGGCAAACGAUCUGCUGAGGCCGCUCCCGGUGGAGGCUGGGGCAAAUAGAUGGAUCUAGUCAAGAUUUUAUUGUUCCUCUGUCUUAGUCAAUGCGAUUGUUUUCUUCAUUUGUCCUUUGCAUCGCCAUAAAAAAUAUAGCCGUAUUUUUGCA